UUAGCAAGCUGUAUUUUUAAAAAAUGGACCUUAAUGGGAAGACAUACUGGGAUAGCAUCCUGGAGGGAAUUUUUUUUUUUUUUUUUAAGUUCUAAUCAACUAGAAAACGUGACGUGGGUGCGUACUGUGAUUAUUUAACAUUCAUUAUUCACUGUAUGUUAGGUGCUUGGUUGAUGUGAAUCCCCAGGGCCUAGCUGCUGUUCUGUGUCACUCCUGAUAAUUUUAAAAUUGACUAUGUUCUUUUAACCAUGUUUUAAAAAGUUGAACUACCCCAAUGUGAACACUUUCCAUUUUUGCUAUAUAAUGAGAGUAUUUUCAUUCCUUUAAUGCUUGCUUUUCCCUUUGAUCUAACAAUUUCUCUUCAAAUUUCACAGUUUUCUAUUGCUUUAGGAUUGAAAGAACAGAUUAGCCCGCUGGGAGCGUGAAACAGAUUUUUAAAAAAUCUGCAUGAUAUUUCCUCCCAGUGAAAUUAAUUUAGGUUUAAACACAGGGGGAAGGGGCACACCUUGUCCUCGAGUCUCUUUCUGUCAUACACCUGAGCAGUUCCUAUCCUGAAAGGGCACAGUCGGACUUGCUGCUAAGUCUUAAGUCUUUUGUGAGAAUCUUUUUUGCAAGGCACAGUAGGAGAACCUUUUUCUCUUUAACACCCGGCUUUGUGUGGGCCUGAUGACACGUUUGGACGGCUCUAUUUCUUUGAAGGCCAACCUCAGAGGCCCAUGGACGCGUCGGGCACUGUCCGUGGCUGGGUUACUUAAGUGUAGCUGGGUUGGCUUCCCGGGUGUUUUAGGAAACGCACCUUCUUGCAGGGCAGGGGCCGUCAGCUCCAGAGCAACAAAGGAUAAUUUGGAGGGGAGUGGAAGGAGCGCUCCACAGUGGCUCUGUCAUCCCAGGUUCCCUUCUGCCUAGCACGGUGGCCCUAGUGAUCCCGCCUUCGCCCUCUGGAUCCCCCACCCCCACUGUCUCGCUGCUCCAGAGCCCAGCGGGGCGCGGCGAGCCCCACCACCUUCCCCCACACCCUCCCUCCCCAUCCCCUUCAAACCCUACGAGCAGCGCUGCGCGCCGCAGCCGCGCUCGCCCCGCGCCCCGCGCCGGCCUCCCCAGCACCCCGGGGACCCGGUCCCCCGUCUCGCCUCCCCGUGUCCAGCAGUUCACAGCCUCCCCCUCCAGCCCCACUGGCGGGAGCUGUCAAGCCCGCGGUAGCCGAACCAGCCCCAGUGCGCCCGCGUCUCCUCUCCUUCCUUUGUGUGUGCGCGAGCGGAGUUGGGGCGGAGGGAGAGGGGGAGGUCGCUCUGUCUGUCCGUCUCCCGCCGCCUCUGCCCGGGCUACUCGAAGUGCGGCCGGAGAGGCGGGAGCCCAGGAGAGGGUGCGGGAGCUGGCGGGGCGGCUCGGGGCCGCCGGGACGCCCUGGUCCUAGUCGCGCACAGGGUAGCGCGGCCGGCAGAGGGGCUCGGCGGGAGCCGAGAUCCGCCCGUCCCGGCCGCCCCUCGGCCUCCCUCUGCUCCCACCUACCCCCUGACACCCGGAGAAAAGCGUGCAAAGGCGCGGAGCGGGACGGAAACCACAAAUAAAUAGCGGCGGCGGCAGCGCGUCAUCUGGUGGAGCAGGAAGUGCAGGCAGAGUCCGGAGGCUGGUGCUUUCUGCGCGUCCCCAGGACUUUGCCAUGGGCUGGGGGCCGCGGAGGCUGCGAGCGGCCGGGCGAGGGCAGCGGCUGCGGCGCCCGCACCGGGGCUGAGCGAGCAGCGACGCGAGGGGCGCGCGGAGAUGGCAGCGUCCAGCAACUCCAGCCUGUCCGGCUCUUCGGUGUCCUCCGAUGCUGAAGAAUACCAGCCUCCAAUAUGGAAAUCAUACCUAUAUCAGUUACAGCAAGAGGCACCUCGUCCCAAGAGAAUCAUUUGUCCUCGGGAGGUGGAAAACAGACCAAAAUAUUAUGGAAGAGAGUUUCAUGGGAUCAUCUCUCGGGAGCAGGCGGAUGAGCUUCUCGGAGGCGUGGAGGGUGCCUACAUCCUUAGAGAAAGCCAGCGGCAACCAGGAUGCUACACGCUGGCUCUCAGGUUUGGAAACCAGACCUUAAACUACAGGCUUUUCCACGACGGGAAACACUUUGUGGGCGAGAAGAGGUUUGAGUCGAUUCACGAUCUGGUGACAGAUGGCUUGAUAACACUGUACAUAGAAACAAAAGCUGCCGAGUACAUUUCAAAAAUGACAACUAACCCCAUCUACGAACACAUUGGAUAUGCCACCCUACUCAGAGAAAAAGUAUCCAGAAAGCUGAGCAAGUCUAAAAACGAACCAAGAAAAACAAACGUCACACACGAAGAACACACGGCGGUGGACAAGAUCUCCUCCCUGGUUCGAAGGGCAGCCCUCACACACAACGACAACCACUUCAACUAUGAGAAGACACACAACUUUAAGGUCCACACGUUCCGAGGCCCACAUUGGUGUGAAUAUUGUGCCAAUUUCAUGUGGGGGCUCAUCGCCCAAGGGGUCCGGUGCUCAGACUGUGGAUUGAACGUACACAAACAGUGUUCCAAGCACGUUCCCAAUGACUGCCAACCUGAUCUCAAGAGGAUCAAGAAAGUAUACUGUUGUGACCUCACAACACUUGUGAAGGCUCACAACACUCAGAGACCCAUGGUGGUGGACAUAUGCAUUCGGGAAAUUGAAGCAAGAGGAUUAAAAUCGGAAGGCCUUUACAGAGUCUCUGGGUUCACUGAACACAUUGAAGAUGUCAAAAUGGCAUUUGACAGAGAUGGUGAAAAGGCCGAUAUAUCUGCCAAUGUCUAUCCAGACAUAAACAUCAUCACUGGAGCCCUUAAACUGUAUUUCAGAGACUUACCCAUCCCUGUCAUCACAUAUGAUACCUACUCCAAAUUUAUAGAUGCAGCAAAAAUCUCCAAUGCAGAUGAGAGGCUGGAAGCCGUCCAUGAAGUGCUGAUGCUGCUGCCUCCUGCCCACUAUGAAACCCUCCGGUACCUAAUGAUCCACCUCAAAAAGGUUACUAUGAAUGAAAAAGACAAUUUCAUGAAUGCAGAAAAUCUGGGGAUCGUGUUUGGGCCCACUCUGAUGAGGCCCCCUGAGGACAGCACCCUUACCACCCUGCAUGAUAUGCGGUACCAAAAGCUGAUUGUGCAGAUUUUAAUAGAAAACGAAGACGUUUUAUUCUAAUCCAUCAGGGAAAUGAGUUGAAUGGCCUCAGCCCCAUCCAAGUUGACAAAGCUAAAGGAAUAAAAACUUUUCUUACCACUUGAUUUGUUUUCCAAACAAGUGCUAGAAUUUGCUGGACCGCAGAGGAUCGCUGAGUGGGGUACUGUGUCUCACAGACAUGCGCCACCUCCACGUGAGAACAAGGGUGAAGGUGAGGGAAGCUCCCUCGCCUUGGGUCUUUUGCUGUGCCUCCUAUGUAUGUCUGGUUUGCUGGAAGAGUGAUUAAUACAUCUUUAAUUUAUUAAAAACAAUGUAGACCUUUAAAUUUCAGUCUUAUUGGUAAUAAAAGGGAACUUAAUUCAUAAAGGUACUUGAUACAGUUAUACAUUUUCCACUUACAAAAAGAAGACAAUUCUGUUCAAUGUUCAAUGAAACCUAUAUCAUAAAACGUAUUUUUAUUUUAGCCACAAGAAUGUUAUUUUUAGCAAAUAGAACUCAAUGCAGUGCAUUGGUUAUUACCCUGUGUACCUUGUCCCUCAUUUUGCUGUGACACCCUGAAAAAGCUGACCACGAAUGCAGUAUUAUCUCGACAUACCUCUGUCCUCCUCAGUGCUUUUCAAUGAAAUUUCACCUGCCCCUUGUGUUCCUGCUUUUAACAGUUUUUGCUCUUAAGCACUGGCAUUCUUCUAUUGUAUGGUAUAUAUUUAUAGCAAUUGUAGGAUGGUCUGAAAUGUCCACCAAUUUUCUUUUCAUACAAAUUUUGUGAAUUCCCAAAGUAUGCUUUGGAAUUGCUCAUAGUCUUUUCGUAUCAUGAGUGUGUAUCCCAGAAGAUACAGAAUGCGGUCAUUGUACCUGAAAUUAUUUGAGAACACUGGAUGUAUCUGGUCUGUGUAAAAAGUUAGCACUUUCCCUCUUUUCUUCCCGGCCAAGCCCUCUGAAUUCAUCUGUUAAUAUCAAAUUGUAUUUUUGCCACAUUUCUGUAUUGGUGAAAAGCGAAUCUGCAGAAUUGUCAAUGUUUUUCAUUUUUGUUCUAGAAACCUAUUUUUUAAAGUGAGAAUAAGGUUGGUUUUUACCAAAUAUUUGUUCCUCCUUGACAAAAGUAGCUCUGUGUGGAUAAUUCAAUAUGAUUUUAUUACUAUAGUUCCAUUCUCUUGGUUAUAUUUAUCUUAGCAUGAGCCUUUCACACCAAGAUUUCUAUAUUUUGUAACAUAGGUGAAAUAUUUAAAACAUCAAAAACUGUAAAUCUAGAUUUUUAAAAAAUCCAACCACAAUGUCUUUUCCUUUGAUUGAGAUGAUUUGUGUAAACUCACCAAUCAUGCUUUGGAGUGAGCAGAAGAGAAUGACUGUGUUACGUGGAGCAUCACCGUGUGACUGUUGACCUGAACAGUCCCAAGGGCUAUGCAGAUGGACUCCAUUGGCACACGGAGGUCAGAAUGGUUUGACCUCUUCCCUGCUAUUAUCCCUCCUCCCAACUGUACAGCUUUGUUUGUUGUAGUUUAUGUACUUCUUGAUACUGUCAAAAAAUUAUCUGGAAAUGGUUUUAUUUUGUGAAGUGAACAAUACUUUGUAAUUUAUGAUAGUGUAAAUGGAAGGCAAAGCAUCACAUGUAUUAAAUUCUUCUGUCUAUUA